AUGUCCACCGGUAUUCAGUUCACUUACUCAUGCCCCCGCUUCGCGCUUCGACAGACUACUAGCAUCGACAUUUUGGUUAGAGUUUCAACGUUACGACGAUUCCCAGCUGAUCGAACUUGCCGACAUCGAAGCGUUGGCAUCGUUGUGCCGCUUGUUCUAUACUACGUACAACGUUUCAACUCCACUUUCCUUGCUGGACGACGGCAAUUCUUUCUUACAAGCAACUCCAAGGCACCUACCCAAAUUUUCAAGCUCCGCACAACACAGAAACGGAAGCCCGCUGGCAGACCUGAUCGAGAAGAUUCCCAUACCUGGCUCACACCGAAUCACACGCGCACCCGGACAUAA